CAUCCCCAACCCCAAUUAUACUUGACAAGUAAGGAAAAAGGGUUCUUAACUUGAGGGGCUUCACAUUGCUAGUUCUUGCAAAGAAAAAUGGCCAAUUGUUGGCCUUCACUAGGCUAUGCAUUGGCAUUGUGCUUGAUAUUCAACAAUGUAGCUGCACAACUCGGCAUAGGCAUUAACGUGAAUCCGCCUCCUCUUACACUUCCUCCUUUUCGAAUUCCUCCUCUUCCAAUAUUUCCAUCUCCACCUCCACCACCACCCCCAUCUCCACCUCCACCACCACCUCCAUCUCCACCACCCCCUCCGCCAUUUUGGCAAAAAUCACCACCUCCUCCACCACCCCCAUCUCCACCUCCUCCACCACCCCUAUCUUCACCACCACCUCCAUCUCCACCACCUCCUCCACCACCCCUAUCUUCACCACCACCUCCAUCUCCACCACCUCCUCCACCACCCUCGUCUCCUCCAUCUCCACCACCAUGGUCUCCUCCAUCUCGACCACCCUCCCCUCCUCCAUCUCCUCCACCAUGGUCUCCUCCAUCUCCACCACCCUCCCCUCCUCCAUCUCCACCAUCAUCCUCUCCUCCAUCUCCACCACCAUGGUCUCCUCCAUCUCCACCACCCUCCCCUCCUCCAUCUCCACCAUCCUCCUCUCCUCCAUCUCCACCACCAUGGUCUCCUCCAUCUCCACCACCUACACCACCCCCAUCUCCAUCUCCAGCACCUCCCCCAUUUACAUGCAAACCCCCGCCCCCUCCAUCUCCACAGCUCCCACCCUUGCCCUCACUCCCACCCUUGCCCUCACUCCCACCACCAAUUGCCUUCUAAGCCAAUCGGUUAUAAUUCUGAUAAGUAAGGUUAUAUAUAAAAGCGAAUAAUAACAGCAGCAAGUCGUGAGAUUAUUUCUAGGCUGCAUAUAUAAGCCAGCACUACAUGAUUUCAUACAAGAGACUCAACGAAGGCGUCUUUCCUCAACCUAAUGCUUCACGGAAUUUCUAGAAUUUAAUACCUUUUUUUAGUUCUGACUGCAUGUGCUAUAUUAUAUGUUUUCUUGUACCUGUUAUAACCUGUUGGCUUAUGUACUAAAUAAAAAGUAUUAGCAAAU